GCCAGUCCGAGUUAAUAGGAAACUCAUGAAUAUUAAUGUUAAAUAUGACACCAAUGACACAAAUAUCUCAGAACAGAGGCCAUUUUGACCGGUCCGUGACUAAGCAGAGCUCUCUUCAUUACUGCUAAGGGAACUAAGAGCAUGUAGCCUAUUUGAUAAAAUCAAAAUCCCUUUUUAUUAUUUUUUUAGUUUUGAAAAUGGAGAACCUAUUAAUUUGCCUGUCGAUUUUGUGGUUCUAUGGUACAUCUGGAGCUGGAGAUGAUGUGUCCGUGUCAGUGAAUGAGGGAGAUUUAGUCACUCUUUACACUGAUGUUAAAACAAACCAACAAGAAGAGGUUGCAUGGUAUUUUAAUAACAUUCGCAUAGCUCGAAUCACUGGAGAUCUCAGUAAGAUCUGUACUGAUGUUGAGUGUAAUGAAGGGACUGAGAGAUUCAGAGACAGACUGAAGCUGGAUCAUCAGACUGGAUCUCUGACCAUCAUGAACACCAGAACCACAGACUCUGGAGAAUAUAAACUAGUGAUCAUCAGCAGCGGCAGUGAAAAGAUCUUCAGAGUUGCUGUUAAUGAUGUUCCUGCUGCUCAACGAGAUGAAAUGAAGACCAAGUCUGUAGUGGAGGGAGAACCUGUCACUUUACAUCCUGGUGUAACAAAAACCCCAAAUGUUGUGAUGACGUGGUAUUUUAAUGACUCUGUCAUCGCCGAAAUCACUAGAGAUCAGAGUAACGUCUGUACAGAUGUUCAGUGUAAAGAGAGAUUCAGAGACAGACUGAAGCUGGAUCAUCAGACUGGAUCUCUGACCAUCAUGAACAUCAACACUGCAGACACUGGGGUCUAUCAACUGAAGAUCUUCAGUAGCAGCAGCUUCAGAGAAAAGAGCUUCAGUGUUACUGUUCUUGAUUCUCCAGAUAAAGUGAAGACAAUAUCAGCGAAGAAGGGAGAAUCUGUCACUUUUGAUCCUGGUGUCAUAAAAAUCACAAAUUAUGUGAUGACUUGGUAUUUUAAUGACUCUCUCAUUGCUGAAAUCACUGGAGAUCAGAGUAAGAUCUGUGAAGAUGAUGAGUGUAAAGAGAGAUUCAGAGACAGACUGAAGCUGAAUCAGACUGGAUCUCUGACCAUCAUGAACACCAGAAACACAGAUGCAGGAGAAUAUAAAGUAUUGAUCAUCAACCACAUCCUUCAGAACAGUGUCAGUGUCACCAGUUUGAAAAUAUUCAUUUUUACUGUCAUUGAUUCAGGUCUGUCUUCAGCUGCUGUAGCAGGAAUAUGUGUUGGUGUUGUUGUUGUUCUGUUCGUGACUGCAGCAGCAGCUGUUGCUGUGAUUUACUAUCUCAAGCGUCCUCGAGCAGGACAGAAUAACCCUGCAGCACAACCCAGUGAUCAGAUGGGUAAUUUAAGUGACUCAUCCCCUAAUCCGUCUGAUCCUAUGUUGAUGGACAAUGCUAAUGUGACGUCCCCUGAUGAGAUUGAGAGUGAGGCUGCCAGUGAGAUAUCACUGUAACAUCACUAGUACCAGUCAAUUUUUACCUCAAACACUCUGCAGAAAUGAAUGAAAUUGAUAUAUUCAUAUAGCAAUAAUUGAAAAUAAUUGUAACAUUAACUGAAAAAAAACCCUGUAUACUACGGGGCUGUUGAAUGCUUGAAUCUGAUUGGCUGAUGAACGUUCAGAGGUAUGCAAUUAUUUUCUGGGAAACGCAUGGCUAACGUAGUUCAAGGCAGAUCUCUUGACCGCAUUACUGUUCCAUAUCACUUCUCAUAGUUAACAGUAAUAACAUUCACACAGUUUGCACAAAAGGUGUUUAUCAGCGCUGCCCUGAUGAUUUGAUCAGUUAGCAUAUAUAGUGUAACAACUAUUACUAACAACUAGUACAAGUAACUAGUAACUAUAGUAACAACUCUAAGGCUACACAUGACAUUUCUCACUAGCGAGGAGACAGCACUGUUUAGAGACGCAAAGAGGUAAGGUAAAAACAAAACAAAAACUAGAUUAAACCGCUAAUUUAAGCAGGUGAAUAAACUCUAGACCAAGUGAUCACUUACUGCUUUUUAUUAAACGAACACAUGAAGGCCUAUAUGUACCGUAACUAAAGUAGUGCAAAACAAGUACAGAAAGUGUAUUCGGUCAACUUUUUAGUGCGUGCAUUUCACAAUUUAAACUAUGCAACUGGGAUAAGCAUUUUAUUUUAAUUUUAAUUUUUACAAGUUUUUUUUAGCUAAGAACACAGGUCUGUCAUCUGUCAGUGGGUUUUAAGAGAAGCUCUGUGGCAUGAAACUAUGUUCCUACUGACAUUUAAAACCCUCUUGAUGGGGAGCUAGUUGCUCACAUAUUAACAUUUACUCAUUUAGCAGACGCUUUUACUUAAACGACUUACAAAUGAGGACUGUGGAAGCAAUCAAAAACAACAAAACAGCAAUGAUAUAUAGGUGCUAUAACAAGUCUCCAUGAGGAGUCAGCACGUGCGCAUGGUUGCCAGAUUGCUUAAAAUAAGCAAACACCAGGCAGAAAAUGUAUUCUUGUAAUAGUGAAGCUCUGAUUUGGGGAUUCAUGAACGAUCUCGUAGUAGAGGCGCGGAGAGCAGUCCGCAGUUACAUGUUCCUUUUUUGUUCGGUGCGUUCUUUUUGGAAAGUAUGCUUUAAUUUGAAAUAUUCAGCAUUCCCGAUAUUUUCUAAUUUUUCAUCGUAGUAAAAAUUAUUCCGAUAUAAUCGCUAAUAUUCGAUAAAUCGCCCAGCACUAGUCUCCAGAGAUUUUUGGUAUAUGGAGGGAUUAAGCUGCUGAAGGGACCCAGAUUGGUGAUCAAUGGUCAUUUAUCUCUGUUUCUUAUCAUUAUCACGAAUUAAUGCACUAACCUAUAUUGCUGCUAACAAAUGAAUGCACUUGAUAAUAUAAUGCACAAUGAAAUGCAAUUAGAAUUUAUUCAAGUCCCCUUUAUUCAUAUAGCGCUUUAAACAAAAAAAGAUUGUGUCAAAGCAACUGAACAACAUAUCUAUCUCCUCCUAGAUUUUUACAGCUACAAGCACCAAACUCAGGUCAGUUUUAUUACGUAAGAUCACCUACAGCUGACUUACGGUUUUCCUCAACCCUCUUGUUCACUUUAUUGAUUUGUCUUUUCUUUGUAUUUUGUUGUUGUUGUUAUUAUUAUUAUUAUUUAGCAAGCUGUUUAAAUAUUGCUAAUGAUCAUGGAAGGGUAUGCACUAAAACUAAAUGAAGCUAAAAACUGAGGCUUUUGCACAAUAGUCCCAUACGACAUACAUGACUAAACCUAGUGUGUCUAGUUGAGGACUGGUUUAUUUGCAUUUAUUUCCUUUACAUACAAGGCUUGUUUGAGAUUCGCCACGCCUCGCCUGAAAUGUAGACAACAGCAGGAGGCUGCAGUGUAGUGAUGGCCGCUUUUGAAACACUGCUUAAUGAAGCUUCAAAACAUUUACAAAUCUUCCGUUUCGAAUCAGUUGUUCAGAGCGCAUGUCAAAUUGGGCAAGUCACGUGGUUUCAGCAAACAAGGCUUCAUUUUGUCAGGAUUGUUUGAGAAUAUUGUGAUUUUGCCAAUUACUUCAUUCAUAAAUGUAGAUUAUUUAAUAACCUCCCACUUUAUUACUUUUUCCAGAAAGAUUUAUUGGUCUUCUUCAAAUACCUAAAUCUUAUGUAUCACAAAAAAGCUCUUAAACUGUAUAGUCUUUUGAAUGUUUGUUGUUGUUGUUUGAUGAUUAAACCCCUUGUAGUGGUAUUUUUUUUCUGUAUUUAUUUAUUUAUUUUCCUGUUGUGAUUAUUUU